AUGUAUGUAAGCUAUAAAAAGAACGAUGGUACACAAGUUAAAGUUCCAUUAGACAACAACUGCUACUUAAACUUCUAUGGAGACGAACAAAAGAAAUAUUUAAGAGUUUAUGAAAUGGCAGAUAUGACAUUGCCUGACCCAGCUCCAGCACCAUAUUAUUAUGACUAUGGAGAUGACGUUAGAACACCACAUGUAGAUGAACAAAAGCUAACAUUAUAUUUAGAUUUUUAUAGAUAUAAAAGAUAUAAUGCAAUAGAAAAAACGAGAAUAGUAUACUAUUAUGAAGAUGACAGAAAUAAAUAUUAUAGUCAAGACUUUACCUACCCUGAAAACAUAAGAUUAUAUUAUAAAAAAUAUUCUAACACAAACCAGAAGAAACCUGAAAUAGUUGCACUAUAUUUUAAGUUCAAAAGAGACAAUCCUAUAAUAUCUCAUAUGUUUGAUUUAAUGAACCCAGUAGGUUCUAUUUAUACAUCUACGGAUGCAAGAGGUCCUCAAGUAACGUUUGGUGUUGGUGCAUGGGAACAAAUAGUCGACAGGUUUUUGUAUUGUGCAAACUCUUCAAAGGAAACAGGUGGAA